AUUGGUUACUCGUACAUUCGCCCCGCCCGCUGAGCCUAUUUUAAGGAUUUAAGUUCCCUGAACAAAUGUGAAUAUGUUAGACUGGUCCUUGUUGAAGACGUGACAACAGCGAACCAAUAUGAUUAACUGGCGGGCUUUGGACAAUGUUCCACUACUCUUAUACAUCCUGGCAGCUAAAACCUUGCUGCUGUGCCUUGCCUUUGCUGGAGCUAAACUGUACCAGCAGAAGAAGGCAGAAGCAGCCCUGAAACAGCAAAUGGAGAUGAAGAGAAAACUCGCUCAGCAAACACAGGAACUCACUGACAACAAGAAGGAUGACUAAAUGCUGGGGUGCAUUGGAGAAAAUGGGUCACAUGAGAUCUGCACCUACCUGUGUUGCCAUGCUUCACUCACACACAAAAGAAGUGGUGCCAAACUUGUAGAAGAUUCUGCAGAUAGGACUGCAGCAUUUAACUACUUUACCUACAGCUGAGCUAAUCAGUGUGGUGUGUUUUUUAUUUUUAGUGUCUUAUUUAAUACUAUUUAAUACCUCAACUUUGUAAAUAAAAACACUUUUUUUGUA